GCGGAUUUCAAUGUUGAUAUAUUGUUGUCACCAAUUACUGCUUCAGUCUAUUGUCCAACAGGUGAUGUUACUGUUGCCUAUAAAUGCUAGGUCAGCCUUAUAAGUCAGCUAUCAGUCAUGCGUGACUAUCCGUACCAAUCAUGUGUACUGGGAGGAGACGAAAUCAGGCUACUCAAUCUACGCAGUGGCGAUGCACAGGAGGAGUUGGUAGGUAACCUAGAGGUCGUCAAACUCACGACCACACCAGAGGGGGAGGCACACACUCUGCAGCAGCGCUAUGACACUCUAUCCUACACGUGGGGUGACCAAGACCCAAUUGAGCACAUCAAAAUCAUCCAUGACAAUCAACAGUAUCGCAUCCGGAUUCGUCCUAACCUGCAUCAAGCGCUUCGGCAUUUGAGGUCUCAUCGUGAGGAUAGGUAUCUGUGGGUGGACGCAAUCUGCAUCAACCAAGAAAAUGAGCGGGAAAAAAGUAGUCAAGUACGCAUGAUGUCCCAAAUAUACAACAACUCAAGUUGUGUAUGCGUCUGGAUCGGCCCCGAGAAAGACGAUAGCCGAAAAGCGAUCCAAUUCAUAAAAUCGCGCCUCGGGCACGAAGAUGCAGACCAAUUACUCGAAAACGUUGAGUACUGCCACGAAUGGUUGGCCUUGUCAAGAUUAAUGCGCAGACCCUGGUUCAGUCGACGAUGGAUUAUACAAGAAAUUGCAUUGGCGAGAACAGCCACCUUGCAUUGUGGAACAGAUUGGCUACCGUGGGAGAUCUUUGCAGAGGCCGUUAUGCUGUUUACCUGGGGCCAAUCAAAAGUAUAUAACAUGCUCCGCACAGCCAAGGACUGUAGUCCGAGUUCACUGGGCGACUUGCGAGAGUCAGCUGCUGCGCGUUUAAUCCAGGCACAGGAUAAUAUCUUCCGAAAGUCUAGAGAAGGACAAUUACUUGAAAAGCUUAUGUCGUUGGAAGAUUUAUUGUGCAGGUUCUCGGCGUCCGAGGCACAAGACCCUCGUGACUCGAUAUAUGCCUUGUUGUCAAUUGCGCGUGACGCAAAAGCAGGUUUUUCAACUUCGGGCACAACUAGAGAAGGAACUCCUGAUGGACCCUCGCCAGAGCAUAUCCAUAUGUACAUGGAAGGCGAUCUUGCAGGAAUGCAUUACGGGCAUUUGACAAGAUUUCAGAUGCCUGAGGAAGUUGGUACAAACGCUGAACACGGUUUUCUGGUCACAUCACCCAGGAAACGGGCAGGGUCAAAUCCUGAGCUUCAUGCUGAUGAACAGCAGGCCAGAAAGGUCCAGCGUAUAUUUACUGCGGAUCAGCCGGUUUCGGCAGGGCCAAGCGCCGCAGAAGAAAAUUAUACUGAGCCGCCCACUAUUCGUAUUUCGACCAUCCUGAACGGUAAUCCUGGGGCUUUCCAGGUAUCACCAACCGCGAUAAGUGGACAUGACGUAUUCCCAGAGGUUGAAGAACAAGCCGCAGCGCCUAAUUACUUAAUACCAUCCAGUUCCCAAGAUUCACUACUAGGAACCGCUGGAGUCAACGGAAAUGCUGCAAAAGAAGAUGCCGCAGCGUUGUUCUCGGCACCCAGGGGUACUACAAGACAUCCAAACGGGUCUAUGCACACCACCGAUCGAUCUGUAGAUGAACAAAGUACAUCAUUGCUUCAGGUUCCACGCCGCGGUCGAGGAGAUUCUUCGGCGUCUAUUAUAAGUACUCUCACCGAAAGCUAUCUAUUGCAUACAGAAGGUAUCCGCAAGAAGCAAACGAGGGAGUACGCCAUUCCUGUUGACUACAGCAAACCCGUGCCCGAAGUCUGCAAGGACGUGAUGAUACCAUGGGCUCCUCGAGGGGCGACUGGCACGGUAAAAAACAAGAAUAAGGGAGGAUUGCCUUCUUGGAUCCAGCCAGUGACCAAAAGUGCAUUCGGACCUGCAUACAACGGCACAUACACACGUAUUAAUGCUGACCCGUUAGUCGGCAAACCAGGAGCGGGACAAUGUUUCUAUAAUGCGACACCGAACGUUCCUGCGCGAUGGAAGAUUGAUGAAGAGGGUAAAAAUGUACUGACCGUACAUGGAUUCAUUCUGGAUGAAAUUGACCGCAAAGCUCCACCUGCGAAUGGAGGUGUUAUACCCGUGGAAUGGACUGAGCUUGCUGACUGGGAUGAUACAAGUACCUCGCCACCGCCAGAGGCGUUCUGGAGGACGUUGGUAGGGAAUCGGGAUGAUCUGGGCCAACAGCCAUUGAAACUCUGGCGACGUGCAUGUCAGAUUGCGUUUAGUAUGAAACCCCGCGAUGGACCAUUGAACGUUGAAAAGACCCUCGAAGAAGCAUCUUCGUUCGUCAGGGAAUAUCUCGAAAAGGUGCUACGGACAACAUGUUCUCGACGACUAUCCAUCGGUACGACGGGAUUAUGGGCGCUUGCACCUCCCAAGUCGAAAAAGGGGGAUAAACUAUGCAUCAUUAAUGGAUGUUCGGUUCCGGUUGUGUUGCGUCAAAAGACCGUGCCCAUAGUUCCGGCAAUUGUACCACAAACAAGCGGGGAUGCAGCAGUAAAGUGUUCCAAGCCCGAAUGUCAAGCUGCAGGACAAUGCAAAUGCAAGACUACUACUGCUCAGUCGCGAGGCUCAUGGAGCAGUGACGAGAAGAUCUUUGAGAUGAUUGGCGAGUGUUAUAUUCAUGGUAUGAUGGAUGGAGAGGCAGGGCUGUAUCAGCAGAAAAAGGAGAUUAAAACGCGGACAUUUAGAAUUCGAUAACUGCCAGUUGCUGUUGUUAUUAGAACAGGAGAGUUCUGGAAGACUGGAAGAAAGGAGACCGAUCUAGACUCCGGCCAGAACCUCCAUACGCCUCGACUUGGCAUUGGCCCACAGCUAGGAACUGUGCGGGUCACAUGUUUCUAAAUCCGUCUCUAAUAAAAUGACAGUUAUGACAGGAGACAGCAUCUUGCUAGGAAGUUUAAAGAAAAGGGGCCGGGGUAGUUAUAACGUGACAUGUCUUAAGGGAUGAUGGCUUGAUCGAGUACCCCCGGUACGGAGUACGUACGUAGCAAUCAGACAGUCAGUCAGGCCGAAUCGAUCUGCGCGUAUCCGCU